AUGAGGGUUGACGCUCAUGACGAAACGCCGCAAUCGGUAGACGUCAGUUCCCAUACCAGCCUGCAAACUCCUGUGAAUGCGUCUUCCCCUCCAGGAACCCAUCAAUUCUAUCCUUCCGACGUUACUCUUCGUGAUGAACCCCCAGCGGACGCCGCUCCAGAUGACGUACCGGUGGGAAGAAGAGAUUCGAAAAAGAUAAUACAAUUUGGUCCAGACGAUCCGGAGAGUCCAUACAACUGGUCGAAGGGCAAGAAGCUCUAUGUCUUCUUCGCCGCCAUCCUCACAGUCCUCAACAGCACUAUGGGUUCGUCGUUACCGAGCAAUGCGAUAGACUUUAUCGCCAAAGACUUCAACGUCACUGCAACGAUCCAAUUACCACUGCCCAUAUCCUGCUUCCUCGCAGGCUAUGUCGUUGGUCCGACUCUCUGUGGUCCACUGUCUGAGAACAAUGGUAGGAAACCGGUCAUAUUCGGGUUUUUCCUCUUCUCAACCAUCUUCAGUAUGGCCUGUGCAGUGGCUCCGAAUUGGCCGGCCUUACUGAUAUUCCGGUUUUUUUGUGGUAUUGGCUAUUCUGGGCCUAUCGCCAUCGUCGGCGGAUUGUACGCUGACAUUUACAAUGACCCGCGACAACGAGGGUUAGCGAUGGCUUGGUUCAUGGUUGCAACCUCCGGAGGACCUGUUGCGGCGCCUGUCAUUUCAGGAUUUAUUGCUGAAAACACUACAUGGAGAUGGGUCUUUGCUGUGGGCACGUUAUUCUCAGUGGCCGUAAUCCCCAUCAUCCUUCUCAUGCCAGAAACCUAUACGCCGAUCUUAUUGAGUCGGAAAGCCAAGAGACUUCGCAAAGAAACUGGUGACGAUGAAAUCAUCGCCAGAAGCGAUCUUCAGAAAAAGACUCUGCGACAUGUCCUAACGGUUGUCAUGACGCGACCUUACCGGAUGCUGUUCCAAGAAGUGAUUGUUAUGUGCACCUGUGCGUACAUUUCUCUGGCUUAUGGCAUCUUUUAUAUGUACUUUGAAGCAUAUCCAGUCAUCUUUCAAGGUCCCGACUCCGUGUACAAGUGGUCACCCGGCGUUGCAGGUCUUGCGUUUCUGCCGAUAGCGCUUGGCGCCCUGCUCGCAGCUCCAAUUUACCUUGGAUGGGACUCAUAUCUGGCCAAAGCGCGGACGAGGGGUGCGAAAUGGGCACAGCAGGAAGAAUACCGUCGGCUCCCACUAGCAUGCAUUGGAGGACCCCUGUACGUUGUCUCACUCUUCUGGAUCGGCUGGAGUGCAAGACCCGACAUGUUCUGGCUUGCCCCUGUAGCCUCAGGCGUGACAUUCGGCAUCGGUUUUGUACUGAUUUUCAUGGCCUUGUUGAACUAUCUGACCGACGCAUACGAGACUUUUGCAGCAAGUGCUCAGGGCAUUGCGAGCACUUGUCGCAGUAUGUUUGGCGUCCUGCUUCCUCUUGCAUCGGCGAAAAUGUUCUCCAGUCUGGGUAUUGCUUGGAGUUGCAGUCUCUUGGGGUUCCUUGCCAUGGGAAUGUGCAUCAUACCAUUUGCGUUCCUCUGGUAUGGAGAUCAGAUUAGGGCCAAUAGCAAGUUCUGCCAGCAAUUGAAAGAGAUGAAAGAGCAAGAAGCCGCCGAAUGGGAAGAGACUGAAAGGGAAGAAGCCCAGAACGCAAGUGAAAAAGCUGGCCGCCCGUCAGACGGGGACAACUUGAACUCACCGACUCCAAAGCAGGAAGAGAGAAUUUAUGACAAGGUAUAA